AGGAGAUGUUAUAGUAGAAGUAAAUGGAGAACCAGUAGAAAACAAAACAACCAAACAAGUUGUUCAGCUUUUGCUGCGAUCUCCCAACACAUUACAACUCAUGGUGAUUGAAGAUCCAAUUGUCAGAGCCAAGGUUGAGGAUUUUCUCGGUGGCCAAGAUGCUGUAGAGACAAUACAAGCAUCGUUGUCAAAAGAGGACUUGUUAAAUGAAAAAUCAAAAGUUCGAAACUCUCCCAAAACACACCGAACUGAAACAUCAUUAAGGCAGAAUGGACCUUCUGUUGCUGUCUCUCCAGAAAGUGACAAGCUGGAAAUUAAAACAAAAUAUAAUAAGCACAUGUCAAUAAUAAGGUCGAGUAGUUCUGAUUCUAAUUUGUCGGACUCGCCCGCAAGAACGUUAACCACAACUGUCAUGAUACACAGGGAGGACUAUUCAUCGAAAUCGACAUCACCGUCGUCUUCGAAACCGACAUCACCGUCGUCUUCGAAACCGACAUCACCGUCAUCGUCAAAACCAACAUCACCGUUGUCAUCAAAACCGACAUCACCGUUGUCAUCGAAACCGACAUCACCAUUGUCAUCGAAACCAACAUCACCGCUGUCAUCGAAACCAACAUCACCGUUGUCAUCAAAAUCAACAUCACCGUUGUCAUCGAAACCAACAUCACCAUUGACAUCGAAACCAACUUCACCAACAGUAAUGAGACAUGAGGAGAGUUUAGAAUCCAGUCAGGACAGUGUUUGGCAGCGUCAAGAUGUUACUGGAGGAACUGGAAGCCAAUCAUCAGAAACAGAGUGUUCUACAGAUCAAGACAGUCAAUUGACAGAUAAUACUGUAAUAUUAGUGAAUGGAGUGGAACAUGUUAGCGAUAACAGUAGUACAGAGCAUGUGAACCGAACAAGAGAAAGAAGUCCUGUAGACUCGUUAAGAGAUCAACCAGAUUCAUACGAUGCGGAUGAAGCCGACUGUGCGGUUGUUAAUGUGGACUCAGUGCAUGUCGAUUUUCAAGAUGAGAGUGUUGAUGGAAAUAUUUGUCAAAAAUUUAAUGGGAAUCUCUUUCCGGAAAAUCAAGAUUUUAGUACGGCGAGUAGUGAUUCAGGGAGUAUGGACAGUCUCACCGAAUCUGAGGUUUCCUUGGAAACAGAACUUAUGGAGCAUUACAGUGAUUUUAAGUCACAAGGGGAGGCAUGUGCUGGUGGGGGAACAUUAGAUUUACCAUCAGCUCAAAGAUUAGCCAAACGAUUGUUUAAUUUGGACGGUUUUAAGAAGUCUGAUGUUGCAAGGCAUCUUGGGAAAAAAAAUGACUUCAGUCAGCUCGUUGCAGAGGAGUAUUUACAAUUUUUUGAUUUCGCUGGGGAAACGUUGGAUGAGGCCCUUAGGAAGUUUCUUCAGGCUUUCUGUUUGACUGGAGAAACACAAGAACGGGAAAGAGUUUUGACCCAUUUUUCACAGCGUUACCAUAGGAACAAUCCUGAGUGGUUUUCCUCAGCGGAUGCUGUAAAUACUUUGGUGUGUUCACUGAUUUUAUUGAAUACAGACCUUCAUGGACAGAACAUAGGGAAGAAAAUGUCACUGUCAGCUUUUAUCACAAACCUAGAGGGUCUCAACGAUGGUGGCAAUUAUCCCAGAGAUUAUCUCAAAAUCCUGUACCACUCAAUUAAAUCUAAUCCCAUAGAAUGGGCUGUUGAUCCAGAUAUUGAACGUCAACAUAAUGAUUCAAAUGCUUCAACUUCAUCACCUGGAAAUGGAACAAUCCCACAUGCACCGACUAUGAGUUCAAAUCCAUUUGUAGAGGUACAGCAUGAUCCAAAUGCCAAGGUUUAUAUGAAAGGAUAUAUCAUGAGAAAGUCAAUCAAAGAAGCCAAUGGCAAGAAAACUCCAAGAGGAAAACGUGGAUGGAGAAUGUAUUUUGCAACAUUACGAGGACUCAUACUUUAUUUUCAUAAGUCUGAGAUUGCUUGUCAACACAGGUUUGAAUCGAUGUGUGACAUGCUUAGUAUACAUCACUCGUUAUCCACCAGAGCCACAGAUUAUACAAAAAAACAAUUUGUAUUACGGUUAAGAUUAGCCGAUUGGAGUGAAUACCUCUUGCAAUGUAGCGACACUGGUGAACUACAGGACUGGAUGCAAGCAUUCAAUCUAGCAGCUGCUACACUGUCAGCACCGCCAUUACCGGCACCAAUCGGAUCUCAGAGAAGAUUUUGUAGGCCGUUACUGCCAUCAUCACAAACUAGAUAUUCUAAGCAAGAACAACUAUCACGACAUGAGAGUCAAGUACAGGCAUUGGAAGCGGAGUUAGAAGACCAUCAAAUGCAUCCACCAGAUAAAGGUUCCAGGAUGAUAUUAAUACAAUACUGGAGAGAAAAAUUAGAGUAUUUACAGUAUGAG